AUUUAUAAAGGGUGCCUCAGGACUGUCCAUAAUUUUAAAGGGUGCCUCAAGACUGUCCGUAAUUUUAAAGGGUGCCUCAAGACUGUCCAUAAUUAUAAAGGGUGCCUCAAGACUGUUCAUAAUUAUAAAGGGUGCCUCGGGACUGUCCAUAAUUUUAAAGGGUGCCUCAAGACUGUCCAUAAUUUUAAAGGGUGUCUCAGGACUGUCCAUAAUUUUAAAGGGUGCCUCAAGACUGUCCAUAAUUUUAAAGGGUGCCUCAAGACUGUCCAUAAUUUUAAAGGGUGCCUCGGGACUGUCCAU